UCCGGUUUUCCUACCCGGAAGUGUGUGAGGCGGAUUGGAGCUAGGCACUGCCUUGGGGCUAGCUCACAGAAGUGUUCGGCUUACUUCACGCAUACAGAGCAAUUUGAAAGGAACUUUAAAAGCAGUCUGCAGAAACACUCGUUUCUGUGGACGAGAUUGCAAUUAUUAUUUGGGUCCAAAAUGGCAGAAGAAGAAGACGACACUGGGUUUGACGAUGAUGUUGAUGAUGGUGGAAAUGGAGCAGAUGGAGGCCACGGAAAAAGAAAGAGGCUUUUUUCCAAAGAGCUUCGAUGCAUGAUGUAUGGAUUUGGUGAUGAUCAAAAUCCAUACACUGAAUCUGUGGAUAUUUUGGAGGACCUUGUGAUUGAAUUUAUCACAGAAAUGACACACAAGGCUAUGUCAAUUGGACGGCAGGGUCGUGUUCAAGUGGAAGACAUUGUUUUUCUCAUCCGGAAGGACCCCAGGAAGUUUGCCAGAGUAAAGGAUCUCCUAACAAUGAAUGAAGAACUAAAGCGGGCCCGCAAAGCCUUUGAUGAAGCCAAUUAUGGAUCAUAGUGGAGUCGUUGCUUUGCAUGUUUUUUU